AUGUCGGUGCCGCGGCCGUGCCGGUGCUGUGGCCACGCGCGCUGGUGCUGUGCCAGCGCCGUGGCCGUGCCAUGUCGGUGCCGGUGCGAGGCGGCACGUUGGUGCAAUGCCGGUGCCACGGCCACGCGCGUUGAGCGGCCACACGGGGCCCUAGGGCAGCUUGUCCCGGGAUGGGGGGGCUCAGCCCGGCACCCCCCACCCGCUGCCCCCCCCCCCCCCCCCCCCCCCCCCCCCCCCCCCCCCCCCCCCCCCCCCCCCCCCCCCCCCCCCCCCCCCCCCCCCCCCCCCCCCCCCCCCCCCCCCCCCCCCCCCCCCCCCCCCCCCCCCCCCCCCCCCCCCCCCCCCCCCCCCCCCCCCCCCCCCCCCCCCCCCCCCCCCCCCCCCCCCCCCCCCCCCCCCCCCCCCCCCCCCCCCCCCCCCCCCCCCCCCCCCCCCCCCCCCCCCCCCCCCCCCCCCCCCCCCCCCCCCCCCCCCCCCCCCCCCCCCCCCCCCCCCCCCCCCCCCCCCCCCCCCCCCCCCCCCCCCCCCCCCCCCCCCCCCCCCCCCCCCCCCCCCCCCCCCCCCCCCCCCCCCCCCCCCCCCCCCCCCCCCCCCCCCCCCCCCCCCCCCCCCCCCCCCCCCCCCCCCCCCCCCCCCCCCCCCCCCCCCCCCCCCCCCCCCCCCCCCCCCCCCCCCCCCCUCGGCUGGAUCCAGCCUCUGCGUCCCACCCCCGGCUGCCAGAACGGGGGUGUUGGGGCGAGGGGACCCCCCGGCGCUGCCAGCGGAGCCCAUCCUGGCGCCCACCUUGGGGUGAAUCCCUGCGAGUCCGACGGGCGCCACGGGGUCGGUGCUGCCCCGGGGUGA